GAAACUAGCUGAUAUAUGCGCCUGCUCUGGUGUGCGCUGCUGUGCUAUCUGUCGACCUCAUUUAUUUAAAAAGGAAACACCCGCUAAUUCUAUAACAACAAGCGUUUAUUAUUUCUGCAACAUAUGCAAAGCGGCAAAUAUUAAAAAACAUUGUCUUCAUGGACUUAAUAACUCUAAUAUACACGGAAGAGGAAAAGAAUUUAAUAGAACAACUUCAUUGCCAGGAGUGGACUUUAUCACAGUCAGGCCGGUUGAAGCAGGACUUUUCUCCUCAAGUAAAUUAUAAGCGUAGAAAGAUCAAGUUUGAUAACUACAAGGGCUUACCGGCAUACUCAAAAGCUCUUAUUAAGCGUAUGAGAGAGCUAGAAAUUUUAAAAGAUUUUAUACCAGUGGCACAAACUAACUUAGAAUACGACCCUUUAAGAGGCGCUGGCAUCGACCGUCAUAAAGACGAUGAUUGGAUUUGGGGGGAUAGAAUUUCUGUGUUAAGUUUGCGUUCGGACACUGUUAUUCGAUUUUAUAAUAGCGAAAGAUCGAUUCACGAUUCUUUUGUUCUCCUUGUUCCUUUGCCCUCGCGGUCACUGCUAGUCUUUAGCGGCUUAGCUCGUUAUGAUUGGGAGCACGCAAUCUUCUACUCCGACAUAAUCCAAAAACGGAUCUCCAUCACUUGGAGAGAACUGGGACCUCUGUUUAAAAAUGGGGGCCCCGAAGAACACAUCGGUUCUAUUCUAAAACAUAAAGUAUUACCUACUUUGGACCUAAGCUAG